AUGGAGCACGAUUUUGCUAAGCAAGAACAGUGGGCCCGUCAGCAAAAUGUGGAAAUUGUAGGUGUACCAGAAAAAAGCAACGAAUGUCUCAUGGACGUUCUUACAAAAAUAGCAGAAAAAGCCAGCCAAAAAAUAUUUGAAACUGAUGUAGACUUCGUUCACAGAGUGAAACCACAGCGCUCAUCCAACAAGCAACCGCGCCCUAUCAUCGCGCGUUUCAAGUAA